AUGAAACGCAAGGAAAACGAGUUCUUCACGACAAGCAUCUACGAGAUUGAUCGGAUCCUCGAAGAAAGACAACUAAAAGACGAUCCUGAUAAUGCCAAGCUAGUUCAGGACCGACUCCCAUCCGUCUACCGUCCGUACCGAGACGUGUUCAGCAAGACCGCCGCUGAUCAGCUUCCUGAACACCGCCCGUACGACCACAAGAUCGUUCUCACCGAACCUCUGCCGAACCAGUUCAGUCCCCUAUAUAAGCAGAGCACUGAAGAGCUUAAAGCAACUAAAGCGUUCGUUAUAGAUAACCUCCAGAAAGGAUACUUUUCCCCAAGCCAUAGUCCUUUCGCCUCCCCAGUCCUUUGUGUUCGGAAGCCAAACGGAGACCUCCGCAUCUGUGUGGAUUAUCGCAAGCUUAAUGCCAUCACACGCAAGGAUGCGUAUCCGAUCCCGCGUAUCGACGAGCUGCUCGCUCGUCCUCACAAGGCCAAAAUCUUCACCAAGCUUGAUAUACGCGCGGCUUUCAACAAGAUCCGGAUGGACCCCGACUCUGAGGAGUACACAACGUUCCGCACCCGUUACGGAACGUACAAGACUAAGGUGUUGCCCUUUGGGCUAUGCAACGGUCCAGCGACAUAUCAGCGGUACAUGAACGAUGUGCUGAUUGAUUACCUAGACAACUUCUGCAUAGCCUACCUAGACGAUAUUCUUAUCUACUCCGAGUCGGAGGCGGAACACAUCCGACAUGUACGCAAGGUACUGGAAAGGCUACGACAAGCCGGACUCCAAGUCGACAUUAAGAAGAGCGAAUUCCAUGUCACUCGGACCAAGUACUUAGGGUAUAUCCUUACUAGCAAAGGCCUAGAGGUAGAUCCCGACAAGGUGGAAGCCCUCCGCAACUGGGCCCGACCUACUACCGUUACUGGUGUGAAGUCGUUCCUGGGCUUCACAGGAUUCUAUCGGCAAUUCGUCCCAGAAUACUCGCGAAUUGCUAAGCCAAUUAUCGCACUCCAGAGCCCUGCAAAGCCCUUCGUAUGGGAUUCGGAUUGCGACCGUGCCUUUGAAAGGUUGAAAGCAGCCUUGCUAGCAAUUCCCACCUUGUAUCACUACCACCCAGAGUAUGACACUAAGGUAGAGACAGACGCAUCUGAUGGUGUUGUGGCUGGGGUACUGUCUCAGAACCAACCUAAUGGCUCAUGGUGCCCAGUAGCUUUCUUCAGCAAGGUCCUAUCCGGAUCGGAGCUGAACUGGGAGAUACACGAUAAAGAGUUGUAUGCUAUCGUGGUAGCAUUCGACAAAUGGAGAUCCGAGCUAGCCUCGACUCACUCUCAAGUCCAAGUGUACUCUGACCACCGCUCGCUGGAAUACUUCAUGACUACAAAGGUUCUGAACGCCCGACAAGUGAGAUGGGCUGAACAACUCGCGUCGUUCAACUUCUGUAUCCGAUACACGCCCGGCAAGGACAAUGCUCGCGCCGAUAUCCUUAGCCGUCGCGAGCAGGAUAUGCAGAACUUGAGGACCGCCCAAAUCGAUAACCGUUCGCGGGUCCUCCUAGGACCGCACCGACUUGACAACCGAAUCAACUCCGAACUCGCCAAGGCAUAUGUGGAACAACUAUCAGAACAGGCUACCUCACUGCUGGUAGUUGAGCCCAAUCAGGAGACUAUGUCCCUGGACUCCCUUGAGCUGAUCGAGCUCCUGUUGCAACAGAAUCGGAUAUCGUUCGAAAAAGAGCGCCGCUCUCUCCCAGACAGGUACCGGAUAGAAAACGGACUGUUGCUCUACUCGAACCGUCUCUGCGUGCAACCAGACUCCUCCGCCUGCACUCGAUUGAUUCGAGAGGCCCACGAUCAGGUCUCAUCAGCCCACCCAAGUGCAAAGAAAACUUACCAGCUAUUGUCUCAGAAGUACUACUGGAAAGGCAUGGAAGCUACCUGCAAGAGGUAUGUGCGGAACUGCCUCGCCUGCCGCAAAGCCCAUCCGAGACAGACCCGAGUCCCCGGACUGAUUCACCCCCUCCCCAUUCCUGACCGGCCGAUGCAACACCUCUGCAUUGACUUCAAGGAAUUCCCUAAGGACAAGGCCGGAUACGAUCAGAUUAUGGUCGUGAUCGACCGGUUGUCCAAGCAGGCCAUCUCUAUCCCGUGUCAUAAGACUAUCGACGCAAGGGGUAUGGCCGAGCUCUUCGUCCAGUGGGUGUACCGAUUCGGACACACCCCGGAGACUAUAAUCUCUGAUCGAGGACCACAGUUUGUGUCCAGUUUCUGGUCCGAGUUCUGUCGGAUCCUAGGCGUCAAAGUUAAGCUAUCUACCGCCUAUCAUAAAGAAACUGAUGGUCAGACAGAGAUUAUGAACAAAUACAUUGAUCAGAGACUGCGCCCAUUCGUAUCCUACUAUCAGGACAACUGGAGCGGACUGCUGCCUCUGAUCGAUCGCGCCCAAAUUUCCCUACCUCACUCUUCUAUCGGCAUGUCCCCGUAUCAGAUCCUGUACGGAUCCGAACCUAAGCAGAGCUGGGACUGGAAGCACCCGACCAGCAUCCUCACGCCUACCGACAAACUUAACCAUAAGGAUGCCCUGGCGCUUGCCACCCGCAUGCAUGCCGCAUGGGAUACCGCUAAGCAGCAGAUAGAGAAGGCACAGGACCGGAUGCGAUCCGCCGUCAAUCGCCACCGUCGCCCUAUCGAUUGGGACAUCGGUGAUAUGGUGUUCUUAGAUACCAAGAACCUCGCGAUCGACCGUCCGAGCCGUAAGCUUGCCGCAAAAUGGGAAGGACCCUUUAAGGUUCUUAAGAAGGUUGGUCAUUCUUACCAACUGCAACUACCGACAGGAUCCCGAAUCCACGACGUCUUUGCCCCGGACCUGUUGUGUAAGGACCCUCAAGAUCCCCUCCCAGGACAAGAAGCUCCUAAGCCACCUGGCGUACCCAUCCAAGGUGUAGAAGAAUGGGAAGUAGACCAGAUCCUUGCUAGUAAGUUAUAUCGCUCUAAGCUGAAAUACAGAGUAAGCUGGGUCGGACAUGAUCCGGACCCUACGUGGUACCCUGCCUCCAACUUCAUGGGAGCUCCACAUAAGCUUAGAGAGUUCCAUGAGCGAAAUCCAUCUAAGCCGGGACCCCCUCGGGCCCUUAGCCAGUGGAUUCAAGCUUGGGAGAAAGGUAUAGACGACAUGACUUCACUGCAAGACGAUCGAGUGUAG